ACCUACAUCUUCACCGAUGGCGAAGACCAAGAACUCAAGCAGAGAUUUGGAAAUGUCAUCAACACCAAUUGUUCUUCGGCUCACAGCCGCCAAGCCUUAUCCUGCAAGAUGGCGGUGGAAUAUGACAAGUUCAUUGAAUCCGGACGGAAGUGGUUUUGCCACGUGGACGAUGACAAUUACGUGAAUGUCCGGAUGUUGGUCAAACUGCUCUCCAGCUAUGCUCACACGCAGGAUAUCUACAUUGGGAAGCCCAGUUUGGACAGGCCCAUCCAGGCCACUGAGAGAAUCAGCGAGAACAAGAUGCAUCCGGUCCACUUCUGGUUUGCCACCGGUGGCGCUGGUUUCUGCAUCAGUCGUGGCCUAGCACUGAAGAUGACCCCUUGGGCCAGCGGUGGACACUUCAUGAGCACUGCGGAAAAAAUCCGUCUCCCUGAUGAUUGCACCAUUGGGUACAUCAUAGAAUCUGUCCUGGGGGUGAAGCUGAUCCGAAGUAAUCUUUUCCACUCGCAUCUCGAGAAUCUCCAUCAAGUGCCCAAAUCGGAGAUCCAUAAACAGGUCACUUUGAGUUAUGGGAUGUUUGAAAACAAGAGGAAUUCCAUCCAUAUGAAGGGGGCUUUCUCGGUGGAGGAAGAUCCUUCCAGGUUUCGCUCCAUCCAUUGUUUGCUGUACCCGGAUACGCCUUGGUGUCCGUCCGACGUCGUAUACUAAAAUAUCUCGACGUCCCCCUUAACCUCGUCCCGAGUUCUCCGGUAUCCGAAGACCUUCUGGGACCCGUAUUUUUUAAUGAUUGUGACUGUAUGCCUGCGCUCUUCGUUUGCUGUGAAGCAAUGCGCUCCUAAUUACUGUGGUUAGUUCACAGUGUGUGUAUGUGUGUGUGUGUGUUUCCACCGGCUGCUGCGUGGUCUUCUUGUUCCUCGCUGCAUCUCCCGGUGACUAUCAGGGUAUAAAUAUUUCCGAAGCCCCCAAUGCAAGAAGCCAUUGUGAUGGGUUUUUUUCCUUCUUUAUUCUCCAGCCCUCCCUUCCUUUGCAAGGGCUUCAAGGGAGGCCUGUUGCGGUUUUAAAAAGAUAUUUUUCUAUCAGGCCGCCUGUCGAAGGCAACUUUGCAGGUUUCCUGUAGAAAACUUUGCCUCUCCCCAGAAUAUUUUGAGAGGCGCGUCCUUUCCCCGUCCCCCCCACACCUCCAUUUCUCACGAGCCGCGAAAAGCCCCAAACGCUGUGCAACCUGCCAAAUUCUUAAGCACUUUUAAAAACCAUGUGUGGUGGCUAAGAUGCUAAGCAGGUAUGGGGUUGCCCCCAUUUUAAAUGGUUGAAAGAAAGGUCCGGGAAGUGUUUCUCAAACUCGUAACUUUCAGGCGGAUGGAUUUCAGUUCCCAGAAUUCCCCAGCCACCUUCCACGUAAAGCGUACUGGCUGGGGGAUUCUGGGAGCUGAAGUCCACGGGGUCAGCUUUGGAAGCCAUCUUUACUGUUGGGGCUUCAG